GAAGGAAGGAGGGGAAGAGAGGACCCUGCCCAAGAGAGGAGCGAGCGGGAGGGUGGAGCGGGCCGUGCGCGCAGCUACCGGCUGGGGGGGGAGCCCCGGGACCCCCCCUCUCCUCCUCUGGGCCUGGGGGUGGAGAAGCAGCUUACAAAACACAUUCAUCUAAGGAGUGGAUAAUACCAGCACUGUUGCAGGGUAGCAGUGUCUAUAUAGUGGACCAGGUGCAACUGACAGUUUCAUGGUGCUGGUUGCUUCCUGACUCCCUGAUUUUACAGUUCAUUUUAAAGGUGUAGUCCUUUGAACAUCACUGGAAGAAUAGGAGCAUUGCUAAGGGAACUUGAAUUUGAAAGUUAUGUUAUAAACAAAUAAAUGUGAUCUCUGUUGCAUGGAGAAAUGCUGAAAUUCCAGGAGGCUCUCAAGCCAGUUAGUGGUUCCACACCUAUGUCCACCUGCUCUGAAAUCUUGAUUGCAAGAAGAUAUGUUCUUCAGCAGAAACUUGGCAGAGGAAGCUUUGGAACGGUCUAUCUGGUUUCAGACAAGAAGGCAAAACAAGGAGAAGAACUAAAAGUCCUGAAGGAAAUCUCAGUUGGAGACCUCAAGCCGAAUGAAACAGUUGAAGCAAAUGUAGAAGCCCAACUACUCUCCAAGCUAGAUCACCCAGCCAUUGUCAAGUUUUAUGCAAGCUUUGUGGAACGAGAGAGUUUCUGCAUCAUCACUGAAUACUGUGAGGGUCGAGAUCUAGAUUGCAAAAUUCAAGAAUACAAAAAAGCUGGGAAAAUAUUCACUGAAAGCCAGAUAAUAGAAUGGUUUAUACAGUUGUUGCUUGGAGUCAACUAUAUGCAUGAAAGGCGAAUACUUCACAGGGAUUUAAAAGCCAAGAAUAUUUUUUUGAAAAAUAACCUUCUUAAAAUUGGGGACUUCGGAGUUUCUCGUCUCUUGAUGGGAUCAUGUGAUCUGGCAACUACAUUUACUGGGACACCUUACUACAUGAGUCCAGAGGCAUUGAAACAUCAAGGUUAUGACACAAAAUCUGACAUUUGGUCACUGGGAUGCAUUUUGUAUGAAAUGUGCUGUAUGGAUCAUGCAUUUACUGGACACAAUUUUUUGUCUAUUGUGCUAAAAAUUGUGGAAGGCAACACACCUUCUCUUCCUGAUAGAUAUCCAAGUAAACUGAACACAGUCUUCCACAGCAUGCUGAACAAGAAUCCUUGUCUGAGACCAUCUGCAGCAGAGAUUCUAAAAAUCUCCUACAUUGAUGAACAACUACAGAAGAAUGUCAAAUGCAAAUUCACAAAUAUGGCUAUGAAAGUCAAGACAUUUAAUUGUCAGAAAGAAGCUGCUUGCAUCAUUAAAGCUGUGCAGAAAAAAGUCCAUUUGCAAACUCUGAGGGAACUUUCUGAGGUGCAGAAAAUGACUCCACGAGAGAGAAUGAGGCUGCGAAAGUUAAAUGCUGCAGAUGACAAAGCAAAGAAACUUAAAGAGCUAGCAGAAGAAAAAUAUCAAGAAAACCUCAAAAGAAUGCAAGAACUGAGGUCCCGUAAUUUUCAACAAUUGAGUAUAGAUGUGCUUCAUGAAUCUGAUGAGCAGACUUCAAAACAUCUGAUUCAAUCUCAGCCAGUCACUGCAAUGGACUACAUAUCCAUAGGACAUAAAGAACCAACUGAAAAUGAGACACCAGGCAGGCUCUGUAUGUCUGAACCUGUGGAGCAUGAGAUUCCUGAAGAUCCACAAAUCGCAGAAGAAUAUUAUAAUGAUGUGUUUGAUUCUUGUUCGGAAACAAGUGAAGAGGAGGGGCAGGAUGAGGAGGAAGAGGAUAAUAUAGAAGUAUUACAGACUGUCUCUAAAACAAUUCAACAGGAUACUGAUGUCGAGGCAAUGGUCAGGCAUUUGGAGAGCGUCCUGAAUAACAGCUCUGUAGGUUCUGGGACUGUUACCAGUGUGGCUCCAGCAGUGCCCCAGGGAUCGAGAGCAAUCAACAACACCAUGGCUGAGACCAAGCUGAAACGCAUGAGAGAAUCAGCAAUUCAGAAGCUGGGAGCAGAAGUAUUUGAAAAGGUUUACAACAAUCUCAAGAAAGCGAGACAGCAGAAUGCAAGUGAAGACGAGAUCCGGGAAUGCCUGGAGAAAGUGGUUGCUAGAGCAAGUGACUGUUUUGAAGUGGAUCAACUUCUUUACUUUGAGAAACAGCUGCUUGCCUUAGAUCAAGAUGCUCCAAUAUAAAAUAUGCCUCAGGAACGGAAAACACUGGAGAUAUGUGAAAAUGCUGAGCUUCGCCCUUACAGGCCAGCGAACAAGUACUGCAUUAUUAAGGGCAGGGAGGUGCACAUUGUGCUGACAGUCUGUUUUUACUCACUUGUUUUAUUGCAUCAAGCAGUGUAUUCCCUUAGGUCCAGAUUCUUCGUCCACGGUUUGUUCCUGUUGAUUUCAGUGAUGCAUGAUAAGUGACCCAGAGAGGUCAGUAAAAGUUUUGCAAACAGUUUCAGUGGUAGCAGCAGUGGGCUGUGAUCCAGCAAGACAUUUGAGCACAUACAUAAAUGCUUUGCUGGAUUUGGCCUUAGAUGUGUGUGUGUGUAUGCGUACAUACUCACAUGUGUACCUGGGUAUAUAUGGUUACUUGGUAAUCAGAAAUUACACACAUUAAUUAUUACAUUAUUGAAGGCCUGUAUUUCACUUGUGUGCCCUUUGACAGAGCCAUGCAAAAGCGGGAGACCAAAAUGAGGUCUGACCUGAAGCCUGCUGAAGUCCAUGGAAGUGUUUUGAGGAAUUUCUGUGGGUUUUGGAUCAGUCUCAUAAUGUACCAAUAGAAAAAUAAAUCCAUGUUGGCUUGUCCACAGAUUGUGUUUAACAUUUUUUAUCUCCAUAUUUGUGUUGCCUUCUCUAAAUGCACAAUGCUUCUGGUUAUGUCAGAUAACCCUCACACCAUUCAUUAUGCCUGCUUAACUUUCUCUUCCUAAUGUUUUCCCUUUUCGUUCUCUAUGCUGAUCUCCUUUACCAUUACCUGUUAAGCUCUAAAUACAAAAUAAGUACAAUACUGUAUAACAGGUUCUCAUGUGAGCCUGGAGCCAAAUUCACUUUAGGCCCCCAGCCAUCAUCUGACCCCUUACAUUGCCUGUUCUUGUGCAGUACAUUGCAGUACUUUAAAUGUGCUCACGUGGAGAGUGGGCAGCAAUGGCCUUCAAAAUCAUUGCAGUUGAUCUUGUACAGGUACUUAUGGAUGGGAGCUGCAGCCAUUAACCUUUCUCCAAUUUACCAAUCUGUAAAAUGGGAAUAAUGAUACUUCUGGUAUGUGGCUACUGAUGUCACAAGCAGUGAUUAGGUGUUGAUUAAGUGAUGAAGCCAGUCUAUCAUGACAGCAUUGUCUGCGGACAUCAAAAGCAUCCAUCUGUCAUCAAGGUGAUCAAGAAAGCGGUGCAUAAACAGAUAGGAUGCUUUUUGUUCUGGAGGUUCACAGAGGCAGGAAGAAGCUCUCAGGGAGCGUAUCUAGACUGCAGAGUUUUUUUCGAAAAAAGUGGCCUUUUAUUAAAAAAAAAAAAAACUUCCUCUGU